CUCAUCUUUCCACUGGUCCAGUGUUUAAAAAAAAAAAAAUGCAUGCUGCAUGUUUGCUAACCAACCAGCCAUCCCUCACCUGCUGCUCUCUCCUUCUUCAAUACAUGCCCUCUUGUCUAGAAAUAAAAACAUAUAGAGCUAUUCGUUCCCUACUUGCAUGUUGUGCUGUGAAUGAGGCAGCAUGAGAGAAGAUAGGGAUAACCCUCUGGCCCUGUUGUCCAAGAGGUCAUGCCAGAACCAGACAGACUACAGACAAGAGCUGGAGAGGCUGCAGGCCGACUUGGAGGCAGAGAAGAUCCAAACGCUGUGGGCCUGCGGGCAGCUCGGCGUGGAGCUCCGGAGCCUGCGAAGAGAGGCAGAGCGGGAACAUAAGAGGACCGUGAGGGAGCUGUCAGCCAGACGUUUUUGCCUAAGGGACCGAAACCAAAGCAGACAUCUUCUGGCUAAAGAGGGACAAAUAAAAAACAAGGUGCAGUCCUCAGGGGAAGACGGCUUUCAUCUCGGCAGUGAACAAUCAAAGCUGGAGCAGUUGCUGCUCACACUGUAUGAAAAGAUAAAUGGGAAACGGGCAGGUUAUAAAUUUCACCACAGGCGAGAGUUCGAGCUAGAGAAAGCCAUCUUCCUCUGCCGCCUUCUAGAGGCCCAUGGGAGGCUGUUGCAGGGGACUCCAAGGUCAAGACCACCCAACUAUGUAGCCAAAAAAUCCUCAAAGAAGCUGGUCUGGGAUAACAGCUGUAAUCCCCGUCAGUCAACACCACUCCCAACCAGCUCCAGAGCACAGCUGGAAACAACAUCCCUCAGAGAUUUGCCCUCACACAACAAAAAGUGCAAACCUGAUCAGAAGAAGUUGUUCUCAAGCGGCGGGUUACAGACUGCUGGGCCAUGGACCUCCACCGAGGUCAGAGGUGUGGGUCAGAUAAACUCUCUGGAAAUGCAUCACACCAACAACACCAUCCGUGCAGUUCAGGAUAACCAUCCGUCCCUGUGGGCGGAGUCUUCUUCAUCAGACAGGUCGUCAUCGACCAAAUGCUCAAGAAGGAACAUGGAGAAUGGGACAGACUACGGAUUGCUGGUGCGUCAGAACUCAGAACUCCUGCGAGCCCUCGACGAGCUGGAGAAGACUUGCAACACACUGAGGGAAGAGAACGGCCUGCUGCGAAAGAGCAGCGCCCCAGAGACUGAGGAGAAGGUCAGGCGGUUGAGGAGAAAGAACACCGAGCUGACUGUUCUCGCUAAGAGACUGGAAGAGAGAGCUCGCAAACUACAGGAGGCCAACCUCAAAGUGGUGAAUCCUCCUUCGCUCAUCAGACCUGCUGCUGUGGAGCAGUACAAAAGAGCUUUUGCCCGCCAACGAGCUCGUGACCUGGCCCAGCAUGCUGAUGCACUGCUCUCCAAAGACAAAGAGAUUGCUGCCCUGCAGCAGGAGUGCAGACAGCUGGAGGCACGACUCGGACCAGCUAAGGAUUCCUCUGUUCAGUCGUCUUGGGUGGAAUAUGAGAAACUCCUCAGAGAGUCUCAGAAGGAGGUGCUGCGGCUUCAGAGGCAGCUGUCUGUCACUUCGUCCAGGCAAAGGCCCGGCCUCAGGCCUGACGGCGAUGGCACAGACGAGUGUGAGGAAAACGCCAAAGAGGCAGGGCAAGAGAAGGUUUUAGGAGAGCCCCCGUGUGUGGCAUUAGAUGAAGCUCCAUCCAGGUGUGAGAAGACUCCGGCAGAGGCGGGGGAGUCGUGGCUGCAAGUGACGCCCCCACCGGGCCUUAGCCCGACCUCCUCCCACCAGGAGGAACCCACAGAGGAGCAGCGACUACAGUUUCUGGAACGGGAGCUGAGCAGGAAGAGAAAAGAAUGUGAAAAUCUUGAGCAUGAAGUAAAGAAGCGACAGAAGCGAUGUCUGGAUUUGGAGAGCCAGCUUGAGGAUGAGCAAGGCAAAAAUGAGCAACUAAAGGAGGAGGCAGAACUCCUCAGGAGGAAGGUGCAGCUGCUCGACCAGACUCGGGCUGAGAAUGAGGAGCUGAGGGAAGAUCUCUCUGAAGUGACCGCUCAACACAAUUCAGUUCUCGAAGAGAACCAGAGACUCCGUGCCAAACUGGAGAACCUAGAGCAGGUCCUAAAGCACAUGCGAGAGGUCGCCGAGCGAAGGCAGCAGCUGGAAUUGGAACAUGAGCAGGCACUGGCUAUCCUUAAGUUCAAACAGGAUGAGAUCAAAAGGUUACAGCGGGCUCAGUUAUUUGCCAAGAGGGAGCAUGAAGGAGUGGUUCAGAUGCUGGAGGACUUGACUCAGCUCGUGUUCCAGAGGGAGCUGUCGAAGGUACGAGAGCUGGAGGAGAAAUGUCGCAGUCAGAGUGAGCAGUUCGGCCUGCUGUCCCAGGAGUUGGAGAAGUUCCGGCUGCAGGCCUCCAAAGUGGACCUGGCCAGUUCCACCCUCCUCAACAAUCCCAGCCUCUCAGUUCUGACCAACGGGGUGGGCCUGACUACCGAACGAGACUGCACUGGUGGCACACUGGACAUGGUGUCUCUGGGUGAAAUAGCCUUCUGGAGUCUGGAGGGAGGUGACACUCUCUCCUGCCCGGAGGGUAACGAUCCACUCGAUGUGGCCGCCGCUUUGCGCAGGGGGUCCACGCCGCACGCAGCAGGACUCUCCAGGGUGGAGCGCUCGCCCGUAACCAAGCACCGAGAGCUGCCCACCAUCAGCGUCAGCAAGUCGGGGUCUUCCUCCAAGUCGGAAACCACGCACCUCACCCCCAAAUCUGACACCCACCUCAGUCCGCACAAAUCGAGCCCGACGCAUGAGGUGGACACAGCCAGUGAAGUUGAGGAGUUGGACAUCGAUGUGGCCCCGGCACCCUACACAGCCAGCAGGGGAGCAGCAAAGCUUCAGGUUUUUAUUGCCAGAUAUAGUUAUAAUCCUUAUGAUGGGCCGAAUGAUAAUCCUGAGGUGGAGCUGCCUUUGACCGCUGGGGAAUACAUCUACGUUUACGGCGACAUGGAUGACGAUGGUUUCUAUGAAGGUGAGCUGAUGGACGGACGGAGAGGGCUGGUCCCCUCCAACUUCGUGGAACGUGUGUCAGACGAUGACGUAAUGAGCGCGCAGCACCCAGAGACCGGGGACGUGUCGCACAACUCCCUGCUAGACAGCAGCCUGCACAGUGCCAGCCACCAGCAGCACCACCACCACCUGGGCGUCGGCGCCUCAGAAAUAGAUUCGGUGUCGGCCUCGUCCGUUCCGGCCCCCCUCACCAACGGCCUGGACCUGGAUUUGGAGGAGGUGGGAGUGGACGUCGUGCCUUACCCACGGAAACUUACCCUCAUCAAGCAGCUUGCCAAGAGCAUCAUCAUCGGCUGGGACCCCCCGUUGGUGCCGGCCGGGUGGGGCAACGUGUGGAGCUACAACGUGUACGUCGACCAGGAGCUGCGGCUGAACGUGCCCUUUGGCGCUCAGACCAAAGCGGUGCUGGAGCGGCUUGACGUCAACCUCAAAGCCUACCGGGUUUCGGUCCAAAGCCUGACAGAGAAGGGCCUGUCAGACCAGCUCCGCUGCAGCAUGCUGGUCGGCCGGGACGUCUGCGUGGCGCCCACGCAGCUGCACGUGGACAGAGUUACCGCCACGUCCGCCAACCUGACCUGGCUGCCCAGCAACAGUAACUAUGUGCACAUUGUGUCCUUGAACGAUGAGGAGCGUGAGCUGGUGAAGGCUGGCUGCUACUCGCUGUGCCUCAAUAACCUCUCGCCCAGCCUGCAGUACACAGUCAAAGUGGAGGCGCGGCCCCACAGAACGCCGUGGGAGCUCCCUGUGGAGCGGCGGGAACACAGGAGCGCCACCAUCAGCUUCAGCACGCUGAUGGCAGGUCCCCCUGACGCUCCGCUGGACGUACAGCUGGAGCCCGGCCCCUCUCCCGGGAUCGCUCUCAUCAGCUGGCUGCCGGUCACCAUAGAUGCUGCCGGUACCUCUAACGGAGUCCGGGUCACUGGAUACACCAUAUAUGCGGACAAGAAGAAGGUCUUGGAAGUGGCGUCGCCGACAGCUGGAAGUGCUCUGCUGGGCCCCUCUCAGAUCCAGGCCCUCCAGGCGGCUCAGGAGCUCACUGUCCGCACCAUGUCUGCCCACGGGGAAUCCUGCGACUCUUUUCCAGUAAACGUGCCCUCCAAACUGGCCGCCGUCAUGGCAGGCCCGACUCCGACCGCCCCAGUUGUGCCACACCUCCCCUGCACCUCAGUAGCCCCCAGUAACUUAUCCCCACUUCCGUCUUAUGGAAACUCUGCUGCCAAAGUCUCUGUGCUGCCCAACACUCUGCCAUCAGGCCCCGCAGUGGAGGUUGCUGCCAACCUGCCUCAUGCUCUCCACUCACAAGAUCGUCUGUUAUCUGCCUCCUAUGUGAAAGCCUGGGCCGAGCCGACUUCUGCUGCUGCCUUGACUGUGUGUGAGGCCGCCUUACCCGUGGCCUCCGCCGUUCCUCCAGUGGUUAAUGUGGCCUCACCCAUCAACACAGCACCUCAGCCGUCUCCAGCAGCAGCGACGCCACCUCCGCCUGCUCAAGUGGAGAUUGCGGCGCCAGCGGCAGUGUUGGAUCUCCGCAGAGACACCGACAGCCCCGGGACAAUACGUCCUUUCCCAUCCAUCACAGAGUUCAUCGAGGACCCCUGUGCCAAGCUUGGGACCCCUGAGCGCGUCGCAAGUCCGCCUAAAGCCCCGAUUGUUGACCUCUUGAACCCGCAGAGCACUAAUGUUCUGCGACCACCCAGCACUUCGCCACUGGAGUCGGAGGUGGAGGAGGAACUGGAGAACACUCGGCUGGUGUCCAUUGAGGAGUUCUUGAGGCAAGACCAGGAGCCGGCUUACUGUAGUAGGCAGCAGAGUUACAGCCUGAUGGAGCCUCACAGCGACUACCAUGCAGACAACAGCCAUUCAGAUCUGUCGGAUAUCCUGGAGGAGGAGGAGGAAGACCUUUACUCGGACCACCUUGGAGAAGUACAGGCCAGGGGUUACACAGUGGGAGCCAACAGGUCACGCAAACUGGAGACGCCGGACAGUGACGAGGACGUUCUUGAACGGAUCCUUAAGUUGCCUCCUCAGGUCCCGCAGUGCAAACAGCUGUUCAGCAUCGCCGAGGUGACGGAGGAGGAGGAUAGCAGUCAGGAAGAGCCUUUACUCCACCCCAGCAAGCCUCGGCCCAGGUCCAUUCUUCCUAGAGACUUUGAGCAUCGCCAUUACCCACAUCCCCCGGACCCACACAUCCAGCACCACCACCACCACUUCAACAGGGAUCCCAGAUCCCUUGCCAAAGAGCCUUCUGUCCGACAAGAACCCCUGCAGGUUAAGCCGAAGACACAGCACAGGGUGCGCUACGCUGACACGGUCGACACUGUAAAUUAUCCCGAAGACGAAAGCUUGUAUCCGAGUCCCGCUAGCAGGCGAGUCUCAGCUCGCUGUCCGCCCAAACUCACCCCCACUAUCAAAGAGAGAGCGUUGCUCAAAGGGCUAGGGGACCGCCUUAGAAGGGAGGCCAUGCUCAGGAGUCAGAUGGCUGCCGCCACCGCCGCCGUGGAGAGCCCCGACCAUGGCCCUACCCCGCCAAGACCCUACCCAGUCAGCAAGACGGUGCGGACUGUGAGGUCGCCGGUCGGCCGCAGGACGGAGAUCGACGUGGAGUACGGCACGGACAACGAAGAGCCCGCCGAGUACGGGCGUGGGGAGGUGGUGCUGGAGCAGAUGAGCUCCGAGUGGUGGGUCGAGGGUUCUCCAGCGGAGCACGGCAAACCGCCUCACCACAGAGGACUGAAGGCUGAAGCAGCGGAGCCCGGUCAGUUCCCUCCAGCUGUGGCGGGCCCAUCCAGAGGUGGCCAGGCAGAACUCUCUUCUAGACCAAUGACCUCGCACACCGGGCAGCACAAAGGUGAAUCUCCAAAGAUAAAAGGAGAUGCCGGCGUACGCAUCUUUGUGGCGCUUUUCCCAUAUGAUCCCAUCACCAUGUCUCCUAAUCCUGAUGCUGCAGAGGAGGAGCUGCCCUUUAGCGAGGGACAGAUCAUCAAAGUUUACGGAGAGAAAGACGCGGACGGGUUUUACCGGGGGGAGUCAGGGGGCCAUCUGGGCUACGUUCCGUGUAACAUGGUGUCUGAGAUCCAGGUGGAGGACGAGGAGACCCAGCAGCAGCUACUGCAGCAGGGCUUCCUGUCCACGGCUACAUCCAUGGAGAAGAUUGGCACUCGCACAUAUGCACAGCUUCCGCGUCGCCCUGUUCCACCGCCGAAACCGAGACGAUCCAAGAAAGUGGAGUCUGCAGCGCUCUGGGAGGAGAGCAUAGACUCCUCCAGUCAAGAUCCCAGCCACAGCGCUGCUCCAGCAACCGCAGGGAAACCGGCCUCCGGGGCUCGAAGGAUGGUCGCCGUCUUUGACUACGAUCCGCGAGAGAGCUCCCCCAACACCGACAUAGAGGCCGAGCUGACUUUCAGCGCAGGAGACAUCAUACACGUGUUUGGUGACAUGGACGAAGACGGUUUUUUCUACGGAGAGUUGAACGGACACAGAGGCUUGGUGCCCUCCAACUUCCUGCAAGCCUUCCCAGAAGAACCUCCUCCUCCAGAACCGGUCAGUACCCAACCGGCUCCAGAACCCAGGAAAGAAUUACAGGAUACUUGCACCUCCUCUUCAGAGCCACAAGAUUUGGUCCCAUCCGCGCUAGAAGGGGCUUUUUGUCUCCCAGCUGAACCUUCGAUCCCGAACAGGAAGGAGCCGCCAGAUCUGCAGCUGGAAGCCGCCGCGAGUCCGACCCCCGACCUGACCCCUGCUCCCGAUCCAGCUGCAGCGGAGGUCCGCUCCUCUCCUCUGGACACCCCAGCUCCCUCAGCGUCGGCCGUGCAGGCCAAGAAGAAGAAAGGCUUUUUCUCCAAAGGCAAGAAACUGCUCAAGAAGCUGGGAUCCAGCAAGAAAGAAUGAGACUCGGAACCCUCGUAUCACGUUUAAAGCACUUUUCUCUGUCUGUACUGUUAAGUCUCAUGCGGUAAUCAAUGCUGUUCGCGACUAACUGAUGCGUUAACCAUCAGUAAUUAAACUUUUGCCUUAGACCAGCGAGUAAACAUAGAGCACUCUGCAACACAGAAUAUCCGCUUGCAGCAUGUUACGCGUGCAUGUUGAGCUGAGCAAACUUCCCAAACAUUUAUUCUAAAUUCUUGCGCUUUAUCAACUUGUCGCAGUUAAACGACGCAGCAAUAACAUACCAACACGUAAGAAUGAUUUAGACCUAUUUAAUGCUGAGCAGUGUCGAUUAGAAGACUCCCAACGGCCGGGUCGGCGUUAGCUUUAGCGCUCCUCUGCUGGGGCCACCUUAUUUAUCUGAAGCCAACAGAAAGAAGCAGCAAUUUUGCUCUUUUUUUCUGUUGCGGCUGUUUAUAAAUGCACUAUCCACCCUGAUGGGGUGGAGUUAUAUUAUCUCUGUUCUCCCUCUAUGUUACUUUGUACAAAAUCGUAUUUAUUUGUAAUUGCUAGCUGCGCGUGAAGCUAACUGGUGAGCUUAGAGCUGUCAUAGGCAGCAGGGCUCUUCUGAUUGUUGAGGUUGAAUGAAUGUGAAAGCAUGUCACUGCUUCAUUUGUUUCCCUAGAAUGGUUGUGUUAGUAGCCAACAUGGGGAUUAUUGGGUCAACGUGGCCGAGUCCCACAAGAUGAAAUAGUUGUUUGGUUUCAGUUGGAGUUAGGUUCAUCAUCAGCCUCUAGAUUCUGUCUAUGAACGUGGGUACAGAUGUAGACAUAUAUUCAAACCCUGCAGGUACCAAAAGUCUUCAAAUAAAUUCAGCUUUUAUUGCAGUGGCACAUUCUCACAAAAAAAUAUGGAAAUCCAAGUUUUAAUUUGAGUCCUUUACCUCUGUGUUGCCCGUAUGUUCUCACCCGAUUUUUAAAUAAAAUAAUCUCAAAAUGUUUAUGAUGCCCAGGCUUCUGGUAGCUUAUCAGUCUCUGCAUGUGUUUGUGACAGUGGGACAAUCACAAAAAAAAACAACCAAUUGGUAUUUACUCAUUUUAAAACUUUUCAUUGUGAGGUCACUGCAAUAAAAUCUAAAUAUAUAUAUAAUUUUUUUUAGAGAGGGGGGGGACAUUUGCUUGUGUCUAUAAAUGAAAUCCAUAGCAGAGAUGCCUUUCUCACGCACAAAAAAGAAAUCCAGAUGGCCUGAAUAGGCAGAUCUGCAGCAUCCAGACAUCAAGCAUCUGUUGAUUAUUACUACAAACUAGCAGUCAGUUACCACUAAAAUCUCCAGUGUGCUUUAAAUGAACUGAGAGAAGGUAAGAGAACCAAUUUCUAGAGAAAGAUAAACCAAGUUUUCUCUACUAUCACAGUCUAACAGAUGCGGAGGAAACCAGAGCUACUACUGACGCUUCCUACCUUCAAUCCACUAAUGCACACCGACUCAUCUGUCAUCCUAUUUGCUUAACAUCUCAGUUUUACACCCUGUCGUUAGUUUGUUAAGGUUUAACUCCUCUCCAAACAUGUCAGAUGUUAGAGAUUCAUUCUUAUUUGAAUGUAGCAUGCUUUUUUUUUUUUUUCUUAAAUGUUAGCCUGCAGGAACAUCACUUCCUGGAUCUGCAUUGAAGCAGAGCGUUUGCACCGAAGGCUUGUGGUGUUGCUGUACUGUGAGACUCCGCAAUAAGUUUCUACUGUCACCUCCGGCCUGCAGUGUUGCAACGUAAAUGUUUAUGAUUAGCAUAUGCAGUGUGGUUAGCAGUGCUGACUAGCUUGACUUUAGCAAUACAUAAUGCCGUGUUAGAGAGUUAGAACCGCGUUGUGUUGUUUAUGUAGGGCUUAUUGCAGCUUUAUUAAAGUAAAGCUGUAAUUGAAGAGUUUAUUUUGAGUGCAGAGCAGGCCCCCUUCUUUUCUUUUUUUUUAACUAUUCCCCACCUGCGACGCUCACUCUGAUUUUCUCCCCUCCGUCUCUCCUGCGCAGGGCUGCCAGGCGGCUCCUCAGGUUUCUCACCUGUUCAUUCUGGCUGUCGUAAAGCUGCAGAAUAUGCCAAAACGUUAGGUGCUUCGCUUUUUUACGAGAGAGACGGAAUAUUCCCAGCAGCAUGCUUCUCCCGACUGUUUUUUUUUUUUUUUUUUUUUUAAGGGUUCGCUCUGUGAAUGUUUCAAUUUCUCCUGGUUUCGUAAAGGGAGCAUGACGAUGCCAAGAGCAAAACCAGAAAGCGGGUCGUCAAAGACACGUUAGACAUUGAAUAGCCGGGAUAGAUGCAAGCCAGAGGCAGUACUGAAUGCUUUUCGUUUGUUUGUAGGGGCUUUCUUCUUCUUCUUCUUCUUCUUCCUCUUCACUUUCUUCUUUUGUGUUUUAACAAGGGGUUGAACGCUCCCGAAAGUUGCCGAAAUGUACAGCUGAUAGUUGUAAUGUGUUAAACGGCCUUUAACGCGCCAGUCUGGUCCUCUCGUCUGCUGCCUAGCAACACGAGAGGCUCCUCUGCUGACUGGCUCCGACUGAGACCCAUGUAGAUAAAGUUUUUGGGUUUGUUUGUUUUUUUUGUAGCUCAGAUUAUCAUUUCUAGCCUUACAUGAAGACCUUGUUUAGUCUUAAUAUGUUGUUUACAGGAUGUUCGCAUGCAUGUUCUACCCAUGUUCGGCCUUAUUUUCGUUGCUCUCACAUUUCAGUUUUAGGCAGACAUGUCUGCUGUGUCGACGCCUCUGCGGGAACGAAGCUGUGUGUGUGUGUGUGUGUGUAUAUAUACUGUAACGAACCGGUGGGAUACGCGUUAUAAUUUCAUUAUUUUCAUACAUCGCAGAAAAUCUUUCUGUCUCUCCUUAUCUACAUUCAUUGUUUGAAACCACUGUAAGAUGAACCUUUUUAUAUAUUAUUAUAAUAAUUAUUAUUAUUAUUCUUUUUACUACACUUUCUGGAAGCUUAUCUGUAUAUAUUUUGAGAAUUUUUCAGAUGUUAUUUUGUUCUUUUUUUUCUUUUCUUGUUUUUGUUUUUUGUUUUUUGCAUGUCCAAGCAGUGUUGU